AGAAGAGGGAGCUGGCGGGACAGAGCUGGCGCCAGAAAGCCCGGGGUUGGGGACGCUGGGGGGCGGAGAGAAGCGCGGACUCGGAGGCUCCCAGGGCUUCCGCCUCGGUGGCAGGGCGGGAGGGGCGUGAGCGUCCGGACGCUGGGGCCGACCCAGACGCUGCGGGCGCAGGCCUGGGAGCGAGUGAGGACGCCCACCCUCCCAGGCGCACGGGCGGCGCGCGCACCCUCCGGACCCCCUCCUCGGUUGUCUCCCCUGCUGGGUCCCCGCUCCUCCUCGGCCCCCUCCUCUUCUUCGGUCUCAACCCCCUUUGCCCCCCGCCCCGCCCGCCUGUCCCCCGCCCGCCUGUCCCCCGCCCGCGUUCCCAGCGUCGCGGCCAUGGCGUGGCUGGCGCCGCGGCCGGCCAAGGGCUACCGCGUGGUGCUGCUGGGCAGCGCGGCCGUGGGCAAGACGGCCCUGGCCACGCAGUUCGCCUGCGGGACCUUCCCGGCGCACUGCGAGCCAGCGGUCGAGGACCUCUUCAGCAAGGUGAUCGAGGUGAACUCGGCGCCCGCGCUCCUGGAGAUCGUAGACACGGUGGGCGCCGCGCACCUGGUCACGCUCACCGACCUGUACAUGCGCGACGGCGACGGCUUCGUGCUGCUCUACAGCGUGGACAGCGAGGCCUCGUUCGAGGCGGUGCGGCCGCUGCGGGAGCGCCUGGGCCGCCUGCGGGGCCCCCGGGCCAUCCCGCUGGUGCUGGUGGCCACCAAGGCCGACCGCGACGCCGAGCGCCAGGUGCUGUCGGCGCGGGGCCGCGCGCUGGCCCGCGAGUGGCGUUGCCCCUUCCUAGAGAUCACGGCCAAGAGCAAGCUGAUGGUGGAUCAGGUGUUCACGCAGAUCGUGCGGGAGAUGGAAGCCCUGGCCCCGGCCGAGGCCCAGGUCCCAGACGUCCCCCCGAGUGCCCAGGAGACGUGGCCAUCGGAAAGAUUCAUUGGCUAAUACGCAACCGUUAAUUUUCCACCUGAAUCGCUUUUCGGGAUUUCUGGAGCUGGGGUUUCUACUCCGUGCCUUGCAAGUUAUCGCUGGGCCGAAAACCAGCGGCUACUUCUGCUUCUUAACUCUAGCCGGCGCUUCAAGCUGUCUGCGGAUCUAAAGUACUUGGUGAAAACUUUAAAACUUUACCUGUGACAGUGCUUUAAGAAAAAAACCAAAAUCCUCCCUUUUUCCUGUAGGGAGAAAGUGUUACCCUUUUCUUCAAGGGGAAUUUGUGAUAGGAUUAUUUUUUGUAAUUAACACCUGCUGAGCUACUCAGCUAUUUGAAAUUGUCUUGGGAACAUGAGGGAGUUUCAGAAUUUCAAUUCCAUGAGGCUCCCUCUCUCAUUUAGAGUAUUGAAUUGCCAGCAGUAACAUCUAAAUAUAGUUAUGAGUGUUUCUAAAUGUAGCUACGCAUACUAGGGUUGCUUUGCAAAGGCAUAGCGUAUCCCUGGGAGGGGAGAAAACAAGUGUGCCCACAGAAAGAGCUCAGCUGCCUUAGCUCUGUACGUGGCAUCUAGUCGACGUCUGCAUCUGUGAAAUGUGCGAAAACAAGAUUCUUUUACAGUUGCUGGUUUUUAAUAUUUGUCUUUCUAAAUGAUAUUGAAAACUAUCAUUGCUUAAGUUUUCUUACACUGUCUCUUUGCUUUUAAGCUUUUCCUGGAAACAAGUUAGUAACUAUGGGGAAAACAGCACCACACACCCUUGUUGGUUUUUGCAAAAGUGCUUUCAACUGCCAGCAUUUUUCCCGUGGCUUGCCAGAUUAGCAUAUUUUGUCCGAAAACCUGCAUAGUUUAACAGUGAUUGUUGUGUGGCGUGUCACCGAUUCCAGCUUCUAUCGACCCUGUGUGACAGAGUAGAACUGACUGUAAUCUUUGCAGGAGCAGAUUGCCAAGUCUUUUCUCCUGGGUAGCCACUGGUAGGUUCGAACCACCGACCAUGGUGCCGCCAGGGCUCCUUGUAACAGUGAUACAGAUAUGAAAUAGAACCAAAAUGUGUAAGAGUCUUUUUGCAUAGUUUUCAUAGAAUGAUAUAAGAGAUCGUUGCUUUGGUUUAAAAGUGUUGUUAAGCUUUGUGAUUGUAAACAUUCAUCUUGAUAUGAGUUGUUUGCGUUUAUUCACACAAGUUAACGUUUUUACCUCACCUGCUGCAACACGUGUUUCAAUGUUAGGAAACCAACUUUAGCCAUUUGAACAUCCUUCUGAAUAAAGUAAACAAGAAAGCUCAAAA